UGGACGGAGAUGGAUGAACGCGUGACUCGAUGGGUGGAUGAAUCAGGUGACGGCUCAUUGAAUGAAUCAAUGGGUUAAGCCAGUGGCUGCCUGCAUGAAUAGGACGAUGGAUGACGUUGACGAAUGGGACGGUGAAUGGAUGGAUGGAUGAAUAGGCCACCAGAGGCCGACGGAUGAAAACAUGGCGUGAAUCGAUGGAUGCUUAACAAACGGUCGGACAAACAAGUGUUUUUAUGAAAUUAAUAAAUAGCCGUUAAAAGUCAAACCUAAAGCCAAAAGACGGCCAAGAUAUGAAAUAUUAAUAACUUGUCAGCAAAGGUCGAUUGCACUUACCAGCAUACACUGAUUGCACAAGAAAGUUUUCAAACUUUAUGACCGUCAUUGAGUGCGAAUAUGUUGUUAUCAGUGCCUUUUCUUCACUAUUGCAUAAUAAGUCAGUGAGACAUUUACCAAUGAACCGGGAACGCUGAGGAAAACUUCCAAUAAAAAGCUUACUAAAGAGCAAAGUACAAGAGUCGAAAACGGUAUAAAAGCGGACAAAAAGAGAUCUUCCCCAAACGGGAGCGCUGAUGGAGCGGGAGAUGGAAAGCAGCCACUUCAUCACGAAGGAGGAGCGCCUGGAGCUUGGCCUGAAGGAGCUGGCAGAUGAUGACACCGCUUUCGGGGGCAAAGAGGCUAACGAACAGCCAGCAGUGGAUGCGGCGGCGCGGCAGAAGAGCGCCCACUCGGCCGCUGACCUGGUCUACGCUCUCAAUGACCGGCCACCAUGGUACCUAUGCAUUCUGCUUGGAUUCCAGCAUUACGUCCUGGCGUUCGGCGGCAUCAUCGCCAUCCCGCUCAUCCUUGCCGAGCCGCUCUGCAUCGGCAACAACAACAUGGCCAAAAGCCAGCUCAUCUGCACCAUCUUCUUCGUGUCCGGACUCAGCACGUUGCUUCAGACGAGUAUCGGCAUCAGGCUGCCAAUUCUCCAGGGCGGGACCUUCAGCUUCAUCACUCCCACUCUGGCCAUCCUUGCGCUGCCCAAGUGGCAGUGUCCCGCCACGCAAGAGCCUGCCAUGUUGUCCGCGCACAACGCCAGCAGCCCGUUGCAGAUGACGGAAAGUGGCGACGAAGUUUGGAUGUCGAGAAUGCGCGAGAUCCAAGGAGCGAUCUUGGUGUCGUCGCUGGUCCAGAUCACGCUGGGCUUCACCGGCCUGGUGGGCUUUGUGCUGCGAUACAUCGGACCGCUGGCUAUCGCGCCCACCAUCAAUCUCAUCGGUCUGUCACUGUUCACCGAGGCGGGCAAGAAGUCAGGCGGCCACUGGGGGAUCGCUGCUCUCACGGUGUGCCUCAUCCUGCUGUUCUCGCAGUACCUGAGCAAAGUGGACGUGCCACUGAUUGCGUACAAGGACAAGAAGUGGAAGGUGUUCCACUACCCUCUCUUCAAGCUCUUCUCGGCCUUGUUCGGAAUGUGUGGCGGCUGGCUGGUCUGCUUCUUGCUGACCGUCUUUGAGGUGCUGCCGUCCAAGCCGGACAAAUACGGUUACUCGGCGAGGACCGACAUUAGCCUGGAUGCAGUCGCCAACUCACCUUGGUUUCACAUUCCCUACCCAGGUCAGUGGGGCUUGCCAACUGUCAGUGUGUCAUCGGUGCUAGGCAUGAUGGCGGGUGUUUUGGCAUCCACCAUGGAGUCGAUUGGUGACUACUACGCCUGUGCCCGGCUGUCGGGCGCACCGCCACCGCCGACCCAUGCCAUCAACCGCGGCAUCGCCGUUGAAGGCAUCGGCUGUAUCUUGGCUGGUUUAUGGGGGACGGGCAAUGGGACCACCUCCUACAGCCAGAACAUCGCCGCGCUUGGCAUCACCAAGGUUGGCAGCAGACUGGUACUCCAGACGACCGGAAUUCUCAUGAUUGUCCUGGGAAUCUUUGGGAAGUUUGGAGCUGUCUUUAUUACCAUCCCGGAUCCAGUUAUCGGGGGCAUGUUUCUCAUUAUGUUUGGAAUGAUCGCCGCCGUAGGCAUAUCAAACCUGCAGUAUGUGGACCUCAACUCGUCUCGUAACCUGCUCAUUCUUGGCUUCUCCACGUUCAGCGGUCUUGUGUUGCCCACAUGGUUUCACUCCAACCCCGGAAUCAUCGACACAGGAAUCAAGGAACUAGACCAGAUCAUUGUGGUGCUCUUCACGACACACAUGUUCAUUGGCGGCUUCUUUGGUUUCAUUCUGGACAACACCAUUCCAGGCAGCGCCGAGGAGCGAGGCCUCCGCAAGUGGCAGCAGCACACGGCAAACCAGGGAAGCCAGGCCACAUGUGACCAGUCGUGCUAUGACAUUCCCUUCUGCAACGUCAUCUGGCAGCGCUUUCGCUUCUUCCGCUACUUGCCCUUCCUACCGUCAUACAAGAGCAGCCAGCGGGGGACGCCGGAGGCUUCACCGUGAUGGCCUCCUUUCGGUUCUCCGUAUUUGACACUCAACAUGAACACAACAGUUUACAAACAGUGCAACAAAAUGGAGGUUACUAUGUUUCAGUAAUACCAGAGAGAGAAAGUAAGAGAUGUAUUUCCGCAAAUAGUGGCAAAGGUUCAUGUUUUCAUUUUUACUCAACCGCAGGCGGGGAAAGUGUCUUGUUAGUGGGUCACCGGUACCGUAUACUGUAGUGUCGUUUAUGUCAAGGGAAAAUGGAAUUUAAAACUCAGUCUAAAUGAGUAUUUUUGGAGAUAUGCAAAGAAAUCACAAGAAAGCAGGUAUAGCACGGCUGGCUACACACAAUGCUGUAGAGUGAGCAGAUAACAAGAGUAUAGUGGACCACUCACUAAUUUUUGUGAAAGAAAUAGUCACCGCAUUACACGAGAUCCAUCAUUCACACUGCAGACCAGGUAUAAUAAAUACUGUAAGAGAAAACUUCUCAGAAAACGGAAACGGAAACACACAACACUGUGGAGUAGAGUCCACUGCAACACAUACUGAUUAUUAAAGUUUAAACCGUGAUGGUUGCUAAAGACGGCUCAAAAGGUGGUGUUGGCAGGUAGCCAUUGUCGACUCGAUCAUUGAAUUCAUCUGAGAGAUUUUGUGUCUCGUUAAAUGUUGCUGUUUUGGUUAGCAAUGGAGCUCUUUUCAAUGUCCUGCUUCGAAGCAAGAUUCCUUACACUUAGUACUUAUUUGUUUCUCCUGGCGGGAAGAUGGAGGUGUAUACUAUGAGGAAGAGGACCACUAUUUGAGGAAAUAUGGUAAAGCACAAUUUUUUUAACAAUUUAGGAUAGCGUGAAAAUGUCUUGAGAAUGUUUGUAUUUUUUUUUUUUAUAAAGAGAUUAUUAGUUCAUGUUCUUCUUAAAAGUGAUUGCUUUAUACUAACAACUGCAUUAAAUGUAGCGAAAAGUCAGCGAGUCCACACGUUUAGUAUAGCAAUCUAAAAAUAUUCCUAAAUCUCUAUAGAUUUGCUAAAUGUUCUUUUCCAUUUUUCUAUGCUGAUGUAAACUCUAUGAAACUUUGUCAAUAAAUGCUUUUGAAAAGA